AUGAAACCCGUCUGGGGUCUCUCGCUUGCCGCGGCUGUCGCCCGGCUGUCGUCGGCCACGCCCAUCGUCAUCGACCAGGCGACGUUCCGGGCCAACGGCGGCGACCUCAACGAUGUGGCCGGCAGCAUCCGGACCAAGAACGAGGUGCUGCGCUCGUACAGCUACAACGCGCCGUGGCUCGUCGUCGGCCAAAUCGGCGGCUGCACCGCCACCUGGCUCGGUGGCGAUGCGGCCGGCUGGACCUACAUUCUCACCGCGGCGCACUGCGUCGACUACAAGGGCGAGGAGACGCCCAUCAACACGCGCUUCACCGCGUGGGACGGGCGCGUCAUCGCCAGCGGCGCGGGCACCGCGCACGUCCCGCCGCAGCGCGUCCACAUCCCGCCGGGUAUGGGCGGCGCCUCGACCGACAUCGCCAUCCUGAAGCUGCCCACGCGCGCGCAGAUCGUCGGCAAGUCCGGCCUGCCCCUAGAGCCCCCCCUGCUUUACGACGGGUCGGAGGAGCGCGGCCGCGACGUCAUCCUGGUCGGCUACGGGACGUGGGGCGUCGGGACGGACGUCAGCGGCUCGUACUUCCCGUCGUCGGGCGAGCGCAGGCUGUACGCACGCGCGAGAAUCGACAGCAUCUUCGAACUCGACUUCGGCAUCGGCGCGACGUUCCAGCCGAGCGGUCCGUCCAAGUCGUGGGCGCGGGUGGCCCCGGGCGAUAGCGGCUCGGCGUGGUGGCAGGUCAGCAACAACCGGCUCGUCAUCAUCGCGACGACCAACGGCGGGCACAGCACGCUGUCAACCGGCGCGCGCGUGUCCAAGUACAUCCUCUGGAUCCGGUCCGUCUACGCGAACGCGCGGCUGUCGUCGGCGGCCCCCGCGCUGGGCUGCAUCGUCAAGGUCGAGACGGGCGACCGGUACUGCCUGCCUGCCGGCGAGCGGUCCCCCUACUCGCUGCCCAAGGAGUUCUGGAACCAGCAGGUGUACGUAGACGCGGCGCCGGGCACCGCGGUGACGCUGUGCGACUGGGACAACCUGUCGUACAACCGGCUGGCGACGUUUGACGGCACCGUCGAGAAUGACCGGCUGAAGGCGGUCAAGGCGGCCAACGGAGAGACGCUCGACUUCUCGCACCCCAAGUCGAUGCGCGUGGUGGAGAGCAAGACGGCGCUGGGGUGCAUCUUCGGGCUCACGAGCGGCGACAAGUACUGCCUGCCUGCCGGGCAGCGAUCCGGGUACGAGCUGCCGGCAUGGAUCAGCGGGCUGGACGCGCAGGCGCAGCCGGCGCCGGGUGCGAGGGUGCAGCUGUGUGACUGGGCAAAUCUGUCGUACAACCGGCUGGCGACGUUUGACCAGUUUACGCAGAAUUGGGAGCUGAGGAACGUGACGGCGGCGAAUGGGCAGGUGCUCGACUUUUCGCGGCCCAGAUCGAUGAGGGUGUUGUGA